GGCUGCGGCGGGGCCAUGGCGAGCGGUGGUGGCGGCGGUAACGCCGGCGCGGGUGGGGGCCCGGGACUAGGCUCGAGCCUCGGCCUGGGCCUGAGCCUCGGCAUGGGUGAGGCCAGCAGCGAGGCGGAGGAGGAGGCGGCCACGGCCGAGGCGGUGGGACGCCUGGCCAAAACGUUGUGGCUGCGGCUCCGCGGAUGGGAGGCGGUGCUGGCGGCGGCGCAGCGGCUGCUGGUGUGGGAGAAGCCGCUGCACAGCCUGGUCACGGCAGCCGCGCUCAACGGCCUCUUCUGGUUGCUGUCUUCAUCUUCCCUCCGGCCCAUCUUCCUACUCAGCAUCUCGCUUUUGGCCUAUUUUCUGCUGGAUCUCUGGCAGCCUCGCUUCCUCCGUGAUGUCCCAGCAUCAUCCCCAGAAGAGCCACACUCUGACAGUGAGGGUGCGGGGUCAGGCGCCCGGCCGCACCUGCUGAGUGUGCCCGAGUUGUGCAGAUACCUGGCUGAGAGCUGGCUCACCUUCCAGAUUCACCUGCAGGAGCUGCUGCAGUACAAGAGGCAGAAUCCAGCUCAGUUCUGUGCUCGAGUCUGCUCUGGCUGUGCUGUGUUGGCUGUGCUGGGACACUAUGUUCCAGGGAUUAUGAUUUCCUAUAUUGUCCUGCUGAGUAUCCUGCUGUGGCCCCUGGUGGUUUAUCAUGAGCUGAUCCAGAGAAUGUACACACGCCUGGAGCCCCUGCUCAUGCAGCUGGACUACAGCAUGAAGGCAGAAGCGGACGCCCUGCAUCACAAACAUGACAAGAGGAAGCGGCAGGGGAAGAGCGGACCCCCAGGAGUUGAUGAGCCACUGGCAGAGACUGAGAGUGAAAGCGAGGCAGAACUGGCUGGCUUCUCCCCAGUGGUGGAUGUGAAGAAGACAGCACUGGCCUUGGCCAUUACGGACUCAGAGCUGUCAGAUGAAGAGGCUUCUAUCUUGGAGAGCGGUGGCUUCUCUGUAUCCCGGGCCACAACUCCGCAACUGACUGAUGUCUCUGAGGAUUUGGACCAGCAGAGCCUGCCAAGUGAGCCAGAGGAGGCCCUGAGCCGGGAGCUGGGGGAGGGUGAGGAGGCAGAGCUGGCCCCUCCCGAAGAGCUGCUGGGCCCCCCUCAGGCCCUCUCAAGGCAGACCCUGGACUCAGAGGAGGAAGAUGGGCCAGCCAAGGAAACCUUGCUGCGGUUCUCCUCUCCCCUUCACUUUGUGAACACGCACUUCAAUGGGGCAGGAUCCCCCACGGAUGGAGUGAAGUGCCCCCCAGGGGUACCAGUGGAGACGCUGAGCCCGGAGGCAGUGACUGGUGACCUGACCACUCUGUCCAGCACCCUGUCACCCCCACUUUGCCUUGCUGAAAGUGACCCAGUCUCUUCCCCCUCCUUGCUCCCACCUCUCCCCCAGGACUCACCCCAGCUCCUGCCUGCCCCCGAGGAAGAAGAUACACUUACCACUGAGGACUUUGAGUUGCUGGAUCAGGGGGAGCUGGAGCAGCUGGAUGCAGAGCUGGGGCUGGGGCCAGAGACACCCCCAAAGCCCCCUGAUGCUCCACCCCUGGGGCCCGACACCCUAUCUCUGGUACAGUCAGACCAAGAGGUUCAGGCCGGGGCAGAACCUUGAGCCACAGGGGCGGGAGCUGCAGGUGCAGUAGGGCUUCCUGGCUAGGGGUGUUGCUGUUUCUUCCUUUCCCUACUACCCGGAAGGGGCAAUGAGAGGGGAAGCUGGCUGUUCCUGGGCAGCCAGUCUACCUUCUCCCUGCCUGCCCGCCUGCUGUCUGAGGCCUGGUGCAGUACCUGGGCCUGGGAUCGGUUUUAAGUCUGUAAAUAAUUUUACAUUUGGGUUAGUGGGUGAACAGAGCUAGGGAAGUCCUUCCUGUAGCCUGCACUUGCCUCCCUGCCUCACCUUUAUUCUCAUUCCACUGUGCCCCAAACCCUGGCAAUCUGUCCCUUUCUUUUUUCCUCCUAUCCUCAGGGACCUGUGCUGCUGUGCCCUCAUGUCUCCCUUGGUUAUUUAGUUCAGGCACUUUAUUGUUUUUCUCUCCUGUCUCCUGCUCUUCUUUGCUUUAUUUCCUUGCUGUGUCUCAUCCUUAGCAGCUCAACACCCGCUCUUUCCCACCUCUUCCUUCCCAGCAAGCACUGGCUAAGCUUUAGGGAGGCUCCUGGUCUAGGAGGUAAAGACUAAACCUGGGGUGGUGGGUCAGCAGUAGUUGUGUCUGUAAGUCACUAGCCAGUAUCACCUCCACUGCACCCUCGCCAUAGUUCAUCCUGUUCUCUGAUGAAACAGGAGAGCAAGAUCCUACCGCAUGUGCACAGCACGGGGGCUGGUGAGCAGGAGUUCUGGUGGGGAUGGGAGCCUUCGUCACUGUCCAAGGGAGGAAUGAGGAGACCUACAUCUAUGGGCUGUGGGUGGUCCAAGUGUGAUGGGACCCCCUACGGGGGUGAGGAAAUAAGACAGUAACAUCUGUGCAGGUGUUGACAGAAAAAUAAAGUGUUGAUUGGCUAGAA